AUGGACUGAUUAUAUAGUAGACGAUUUUUUCCCAUGCUUCACAUCGAACGAAAUUGCCUUUGCAGGAUCUCGAAUUGAACGAGGAGUUUCUGAAUUGUGGGUUUUAUUGCUAGAAAAAGCUUGGGCAAAACGAUUUGGAAGCUACUGAGCAAUUGAUGGAGGUUUUGCUGAGCAUUCACUAAGGGAUUUGACAGGAGGACCUUGCGAGUUUAUUCCUAUAAACGACGAAUCACUAUGAGAUAG